ACUUGAAAAAAAAAAACCCAUAACAAAUGGACAUUAAAGGUGUCAUUUAUUUCAAGUCCUCUCACUAUUUUUUCUUAAUUAGUAAGCAACUAAGCAAUGACAAGGAUUAAGGAAUAUGCCUGCAUCGACUAAAAGUCGUCUCUUUUUAUAUUCGUCGUCAAAUGUUUAUAUAAAAGUAACACACAUAAAUCACCACUUUAAUCCCAACUAAUUACUACAAAUUUUACAAAACAAAAGACUAAAAUGGCUGAGGAAAUCUCAACUAACAAUGAGUGUUAUGAUCUUAGCUCUCUUCUCUUUACAGGGGAGAGAGAUUUUCUCAUCCGCAACAAUGGUAAUCAGGUCAAAAUCAAUGCUUUGAGUGGAAAGACUGUGGGUCUGUAUUUCUCUGCAUCAUGGUGCCCUCCUUGCCGCGGUUUCACCCCAAGUUUGAUCGAAACAUACAACGAACUCUCCACGAAAGGGGAUUUUGAAAUCGUCUUCGUUUCAUCAGAUAAAGAUGAAGAAUCCUUCCAGGGUUACUUCUCUAAGAUGCCAUGGCUUGCUGUUCCAAUUUCUGAUAAAGCCACCAAAAAGAGCUUGGGGGGAAAAUUCAGUGUGAUGGGAAUCCCUCAUCUUGUGAUUCUUGAUAAAGAUGGGAAAGUCUCAACUGAUGAAGGGGUGGAAUUGGUCAUGGAACAUGGAGCCCUAGCAUACCCGUUUACCCGAGAAAGAAUUAAUCAAUUGAAAGAGGAGGAAGAGGAUGCAAAGAGAAACCAAACCCUGAAAACUCUUUUGGUUUAUGGAUCUCGGGAUUAUGUGAUUUCAAGUGAUGAGAAGGAGGUUUCUGUAACUGAGCUUGAAGGAAAGAUGGUUGGCCUCUAUUUUUGCGUAGGCUCCUAUGAGCCCUGCACCGAGUUCACCAAGAAGCUAGUAGGGGUUAAUAAGGAAUUGAAAGAGAGAGGCGAAAACUUUGAGAUCGUUUUAAUCUAUUUGGAUGACGAUGAUGAAGAAGGAUUCAAGGAAGUGUUGGUACAAAUGCCAUGUUUUGCCUUGCCCUUCAAGGAUAAGAAGAUUGAAAAGCUUGCUCGUUAUUUUGAGCUGACUUCCAUUCCCAGGCUGGUCAUAAUUGGGCCAGAUGGAAAGACUCUGAAUCCAGAUGUUGCAGAACUGAUAGAUGAUCACGGUGCUGCAGCCUACCCUUUUUCGCCAGAGAAGCUGGUUGAGCUUGCUGAGAUUGAGAAAGCCAUACUCGAGUCACAAACCCUUGAAUCCGUUCUGGUUUCCGAAGAACUAGACUUUGUCAUUGACAAAAGUGGCUCUAAGGUACUCGUGUCACGGCUUGUUGGAAAACAUAUACUCAUUUACUUCUCAGCGCACUGGUGCCCUCCAUGCCGUGCUUUCACACCAAAGCUUAUCGAAGUAUACCAUGAAAUCAAGGCGAAGGAAAAUGCAUUUGAGAUCAUAUUCGUCUCCAGUGAUAGUGAUCAGUCUUCAUUUGACGAGUAUUAUUCAGACAUGCCGUGGUUAGCCCUUCCAUUUGGCGAUGAGAGGAAGGCGUCUUUGUCUCGCAAGUUCAAGGUGCAGGGUAUUCCAUGUCUUGUGGCUAUUGGACCUCAAGGUAGGACAAUUACUACUGAAGCCAGACAACUCAUAGGAGAACAUGGAGCUGAUGCAUUUCCCUUCACUGAGGAUCACAUUACAAAUUUAGGAGAGAAAACUGAGGUGAUGGAAACAGCAAAUGAUGAUGAAGAUGAUGAUGAUGAUGAUGAUGAUGAUGAAGAUGAGGUUAAGGUUGAGACCAAGGAAGGAUAUGUCUGUGAAGGUGAUGUUUGUCGUAAAAUCUAGAGAUGUACCGUUUUCCUGUGUGAUAUCCUGCUGUUUAUUGCGAAUAUGGUGAUUGUUAUUGCAAGUUAAUUCGCUUUUCUAUGAAUUUCCUUGUUGUAUUUCAAUGAAUAAUCCAUUUAUAAUGUGUUUGUCCUUCUCAA